AUGUACAACGAUAUCACGAAGCCUCCACCCCCGCUUCCGACCACGCAGUCAACCGAGAUCAAGCCAGGUCUCUCGAUUGUGCUGCCCCUCUCACGCCGGGGUCAUGGACCAGGUCUUAUCGUUCUCGUCCCAGACACGGAGCAGUCUUUGGCAAUUAUUGACGGCGUUCCAUCCCAGUUGAUCAAGUGGGCCGAAGAAGGAUACACUGUAAUCGAGAUCCAGAGGCAGGCCCUGAUAACGGGGGGAAGAGAAGUGCUCGUAGAGGCUGCUCGAGCGCUGGAAAGCUGCGAGAAGUGCGAUACGAAGGACAAAGUUGGUCUGAUAGCUUACGAUCCUGAGCUAUGGAACUACGUGGCCCCCACUUUAACAUCUGUUCCAACGGUUGUUGGGGCAGUAGUCUACAGCCAUGAAUCUGAAAGCUCGACCCUAGAACCUGCGGAUAUUCCAAUCCUUCGGCAUCUGGCUGGAAAAAAGCCAGAAGCAGCAAAACAGCAAGAUCUCGUGAAAGACUUCUAUUAUCCAAAUGCCAAGUCGCAUCGCUUUGCAAGCCCUUUCCAGGACCAGUUUGAUUACUGGGCGGAGUCCCUUUCCCAUACUCGCAUUUUGCAAUUCCUCAAGCCUAUUAUGAAUGGGCCGUAUUUUGAUCUUGAGACUAUCUGGGAUGAGCAUACUUACUACGAAUUUGCUGAUCGAUCAGUGGAGCACACAAUGAGCACCAUGGUGGACCAGCCAUAUGUGAACCAUGUUCCAACGCUUACCGGUGGAAUCGGCCGUGAAUCCCUGACAAAAUUCUAUCGGCACAAUUUCAUCUUCAACAACUCGGAGGAUACCGAACUGGAGCUUAUCAGCCGAACUUUGGGAAUCGACCGAGUGGUCGAUGAGUUUAUAUUCAAAUUUACCCAUGACCAAGAACUCGACUGGCUACUUCCCGGAGUUCCUCCGACAAACAAAUACGUGGAAGUUCCCUUCACAGCCGUUGUUAACGUCCGAGGAGACAGACUCUACCAUGAGCAUAUCUCCUGGGACCAAGGGACAGUGCUUAAACAGGUUGGAUUGAUGCCCGAGUAUCUACCAUACCCAUAUGCUUUACCCGACGGAAGCAAGCCGGGCCCAGGCAAGCAAUUUGAGUAUCGUGUGCCAGUGGUUGGGAUCGAGUCGGCCGAAAAGAUGAGGGAUAGGAACUCGGUUGCGUCUAACAAGAUGUUCGAAUUCCGUCUUCGCGAAGUCCCAGAGUGA